GACGACAUUGUGCAAAUCCUGAUUGCAAACAAUUAGAUUAUCUUCCUAUUAAAUGUCAGUAUUGUAAAAAAGAUUUUUGUUUCGACCAUUCAAAGCCCAGUGAACAUAAUUGUAGCGAUGCACCUAGUGGAGACGGCGAGCGGGUUCCAGUCUGUCCCUUGUGUGGAGUGCCUGUUCCGAUUGUCAGAGGCGAGGAUCCCAAUAUUAAGAUGAACGGUCAUAUAGCAAAGGGUUGUCACCCACCACCUGCAACUAAUUCAUCGAAGCCAUUCAACUCAUGCUCUUUUAGUAGAUGUAAAGAAAGGGUUGCAAUCCGC